CUCAACAGUACCACGACGCCGUUGACGGCUUGUGCGACCUUGGGUGGCCUCGUGCGGAUGAAUUGAGAAUGGCUUGCCUGAUUGUGGAGAACGGCUCGCAUGUUGUCUCGGGCACCAGCGCAGACAGGGAUGCUGCCUGCCGCUUCAUCCAACCUUCCUCUUUGGCUUUUUGAAUUCUACAAAUAUCGCUCCCCGCACUUUCCGAUCGAGCCUCACUCCCAAUUUCUGAUUCAAUUUCGUUAGUGUCCCGAGUGCAAGGUGCUUCCCAGUGUGUGCUCUGAAAGCGAAAGCGACGUCACUAGAACAACAUCUUCGAUCAUGAGGAUCUUUGUAGCAGCAUCACUGCUAUUCGCCAUUGCUCAGGCUGCCACCUCAAGAUCGUGCGCUCAAUAUUCGCCCAGCCCAGUACCCGUCUCACAACUCACGUCGUACUUUCCACGCCAGAAGAUCACUAAUGAUGUGGCUGACAUCGAAGACAUUCGCCAAACACUCUCCCAGUAUGCUAUAAUCAUUGACGGUCGUUCCUUCGAAUCGCUGCCCGAUGUCUUCACUGCAGACGCGACAGCCGACUACUCAGCCCCAUUGGGAGUCCUGACCGGUGUCGAAGCCAUCAAAACCACACUCUCCGCCUCCCUCGCUCAAUUUCCUGGGACCCAACAUCUCCUCGGCACUCAGCGGAUCCGUAUCUGUGACAAGAACACUGCCGUGAGCGCGACGUACUUCCAAGCGACGCACUUUCUGCGCCCAAACGCUACGGUGGGCGCGGCUGGAAUAGAGGAUGACUCGGACACACUGUAUGCGUUUGCGCAGUACCAAGAUUCGUGGGUCAAGCGCGAUGGGCUUUGGAAGAUCAGAUACAGGAAUGUGGUGUACAUGGGCCCGUUGAUUACAGACUUGAACUAGCGUGACUGGACUGCAUAAUGCGUAUGAGCGACUCUGGCAUCAGAUUUGCUCUCAAAUUAGAAGAGGUGUUGCAUCUGUACUGGCUAAUGCGGGUCGUGGACUGGUUGUCAACCAGGCCGCGGUUGGACGCAAACUUGACUUCUACACCACUAUGGUAUACAAACUCUAUUUGUCGGAACAGUGUUUUCGCAUGUUGUGUAGACGUCUAACUGUACGUGUUAGCCGUACACUAUCCCAACACCCUGCGAGCGCGUGUUAGCUGGGAAGUUUACAGACAACCUGGUCUUUCGUGUCCGUUGGAUGGGGAAAUCAUGUAGGCGGAGACUGGUACCCUAAAGGUCACCGCAGCACUGUGAAACUCUUAUCAAUAGUACUGGUUAUCGAAAGGUCAAUGCCCGCCCAUAUCGAAUGAUGCAAAUGUUCCCUCCUUCAAUGAGG